AUGGUGAACAAAACCGCCCUGAUCGUGUCCUUCCUGGGAGUUAUCACCCUGGGAGGCGUCACGAAUAAGUUCGCAUACCAGAUCAAGGAUGUCGGAGAUCCAGCAUAUCCGGCACACUACUUCAAGAAGCCAUGGUUCCUGGAGUUGCUCAUGUUCAUCGGAAUGGUUAUGUCCUUCCCACUCCACUGGGCGAUUCAAGCCUGCUCCAAGCCCAAGGUGGCUGAUGGCUCUCAGAGUGAGCCACUGCUGCCAGAGGAGGUGAAAGAUCGAGGAUGGAAGAUUCGGGCACUGAUUUUCCUGCCGGCGAUGGGCGAUCUAGUCGGCAGCAUCCUGAGUUUCACAGGACUGGUCUACAUCAGCAACAGUACAGCUCAGAUGCUGGGAUCCUCAAUCAUUAUUAUGGUAGCUGUGAACAGCUACAUCUUCCUUGGCCGGCGGUACAACAGCAUCCAGUAUGCCGGCAUGUUUAUCGUCUUGUCCUCUUUGCUUAUUGUGGGCUAUGCUGCAGACAUGGCUGCACGGGACAAGAACCCCCAAGGACAGCAGGGAGCCUCGGCAUCAGAGCAGGCUUUCGGCAUGUUCCUCUGCGUCCUCGCGCGCGUGGUGAACAGCAUCCAGUUUGUGCUGGAGGAGAAAGUCAUGGGUGAAUCGGGGCUCCACCCCUUCGAAGUGACAGGGACCGAGGGUGUGUACGGCCUGUUGAUGACGGCCUGCGUGAUUAUGCCCAUUUUGGCGCGAAUUCCUGGCAGCGACGUGGGAGGAGUCUACGAAAAUACCGAGGACUCUUUACUGAUGAUCCAGCGCAAUGGUACUUUAGACCUGGUGCUCAUCUUCUAUCUUCUGGGCCUUUGGGGCCUCAACGCCCUGGGCAUGAUGGUGAUGAAGCACUUGGGAUCUGUCUUCCGAGCUGUGUCGCGAAACAUGCAGGCGCUCUUCGUGUGGCUUAUCGACAUGGCUCUCUUCUACGGCCUGGGAAGCAAAGGAUUCGGCUACGGCCCCGUGGGAGAGCCCUGGAAUGGAACGGCUUCCUGGAUCCAGGUGGUCGGCUUCGUGUUCAUGACUGUUGGUGUCUUCGUCUAUGCUUACGGCAACGCUGUGCAGCAAGUCAAAGCCGCGCAGCAAGAGGAGCUGAAGGGCAUUCCCUCGCCGAUCCCCGUGGCCCACUCCAUGCGAGAGCUGGCACUGGACUUGGAUGAAGGUAUGAUGCCGUCGCCUUUGGCAGUGAUCGCUGCCGAAUUCAACCAGGACAAUGCCUUUGGAGAUGCCGAAGCAUCGCGCGGCCUUCGCGCAGGUUCGCUGACGCCUGGGGCCUUUGCUACCCCGCAGAGCCUCCGCCAGCGGCAUCGGAUUGGCAGCAACGCCGACUUUGGGAUGGUAGGCUUAUGA